CAGAUUUCUACAGAUUUCCAAAAAAAUUGUUGGCAACAGUGUCAUGCUGCCCCCCGAGCCGCCUUUAGCAGCAGCCGUCCAGUGCGGGACCCGCCAGCCUUCCCGCUACGGCCGCCGCCCGAUAAAAACGUGUUGGGUUCCGGCAGAAAAGCUUAAAUGAGAGACCAGAGAAUAAAGUGAGGAAAAGGAAAUAGAAAACCAAAGUCAGUGGAGGAAAAGAGCAGAAAAACAGAGCCCAGUGCAGGGUGAAGGGCGUGAAUGUGCGCUGUGAGGUCAUUAAGUGUGCGUUGUGAAGUAGUGAAGAGAAGUACCAAGGAGGACCUAAGAAGCAAUACACAGCAGAACAGGUAAAAAAAGAAAGAAGAAUAAGAACUGUUGGCCAUUUUAAAGGCAAUACAAAGCAGAACAGGUCAAAAAAAGAACUGUUGGCCAUUUUAAAGGCAAUACAAAGCAGAACAGGUCAAAAAAAGAAGAAGAACUGUUGGCCAUUUUAAAGGCAAUACAAAGCAGAACAGGUCAAAAAAAAGAAGAACUGUUGGCCAUUUUUAAGAAGCAAUACAAAGAACGAUUUGUUUAUUCCCCGGUACCCAUUUGGAAACGAAGAGACAACUUAAGGACACUAAGGAAGGAAGAUCAACAAGAAAGACAUAAGAAGCAAUACAGCCUUUGAAUUUGGCAAGGCGUGUGCCCUUUGUCCUCCUAGCAGUCUUGGGUGGAAGCUAAAAAUGAGAAGAGUUAAAUAAUCAAAGGAAAGGAAAGAAGAAAAAUCAAGGGUGAAAAAAUAAGAAGGGAUACAAAACGUCAGAAGUAUACAGGAGAGGAAUUUUAACAGAAGUACACGCGUCUUGCUGCGAAGUACACCUUUGUGGUAUAUGACAACACACAAAGGAAGAAGAUGCACGAAUAUGCCCGAGCCGUGAAGCAGGAGCAGGAGGAGGAGGAGGAGGACCCAGGAGGCAGCAAGCCCUUCACGGUGGUCAAGUUCCGGAGCCUGGACGAGGUGUACCGGUGUGUGCAGCUGUAUCAGGAGAACACCUGCACCCACUUCAUCAAGUACAACCGUGACAAGCACUUUGGCAACGAGGCCUAUGUCCCCAAUGUAGAAAAAGGGAGAAUACACUAUUGGUCCAACACAGGCAAGUGUGGGGUGCCAAUAGAGUAUGAUGGUGUGCCAUUCAUGCAUGUGGGUCGAUGGGUUCUCAUGUGCCACCAGGGCCAAGAUACAAACAAGGGCCACAAGGAAAAAUACCAGAUACGUAAGCUCCGGGAGCAACAGGAGAGUGGUGUGAAACCUAAGUCCAGGAACAGGGCGCAGGUCACCAAGAAAGUAAACUGUCCAGCAGAGAUAUACAUAACGCACAUCAUGAAGUUCCCACAGCACAAGAUGCCAAGUGCCCUGCUAGCCAUCAACUCCUUGCCCACAGACCACAUGCGAAAACUGGCCAAGCGAAAAAUGGUGAACAGCUUCAAGAGAUACAACUCCAGGUUUGUUCGGGAGUCUUGGUACUACGUAAGGUUGCCAGAUCCAAGCUCCCACGUAGGCCAUCCAGUGCUUGGCCUGGUGAAGGAGGAGCCGACCUUCAACCUGCCAGAUAAGUGCACCAUUGAGCUGGCCAGCCACCCUGUACCAACCUUAGCAGAGCCCAAGAAGAAGCCACUCAAGGGCUCUAAGUUCCGAACCAAAGAACCCGUGGACUCCCGUGUGCUGCAGAAAAUGUAUGAGCUGACACGCCAAGGAGUGUCCACUGUAAAAAUGAUGCAAGAAGCUAUUGAAGAAUAUGUGCAUGAGGAACUUUUUCCUUGUGGUGAUCCACCACCUUCCAUGUACCGCAGAUAUAAUCCCACACCUUCAGAUAUUCAGAAUGCCAUGUACAAGGUGAAGCAGGAGAUGAGGCUUGAGGGGAAGAGCAUCCUACAGUAUCGGUGUGCAGCCCUGGUAAGGGAGAUCACAGAAAUGGUGGUGCAGACAGACAGUGAAGAAUACCUUAACCAGCUGGAGGAGCAGCUGAGAAACAUUUACAAUGCUGUGAGAAGCUCUGUACCUGUGCCUGAGGUGCAGUUUGGAAGUGAACAAGAGGGAGAAGGAAAUAAACGCACACUUGUUGAGGAGCCUGCAUCAAGUGGUGAAGUAGAACACAAAGCCAAGCGUGGUCGAAAACAGAAGCGCCUUGACCAGCAGCCAGAGUCAACUGCUGCUGCCUACCACCUCAGCCUGGAGAACCAGUGCAAAGAUGGGGAGCAACAGUUGGAACUGGAUGGAGAGCUGGAGCAGCAUCAGGUCCAUGAAAUAAUUCAGCAGGAGGAUGGGACUAUCAUGGAGGUGUAUUACUACCAGCCACGGGAUCAGCUGUAUGAUACAGACAACCGCUACCAUGACACUAUCAUCAUUCAGCCAGAGAACAUGAAGACUGAACCCACAGUUGAUGAUUGUCUCUAGCCCAGGCUCACCCACACCCUUCAACCCUUCUCUACCAAAGAACAAGGUUAAAUUCCUGUAAUCAAUGAUAUUCCAUAACUGGCCUUACAACUUUUAUGUUGGAUAUUCUUAGUUUUUCUUCUUAAAAGUAAAGUAUAUUUUUAUUGAUCUGAAGCCUCCUGUGGUUUUCAUGUAAUAAAAAAAGAAUAUA